CCAACACAGAGUCAAACACGUCAUAAUACAUUGUGAAGUGCUUCCUUCAUCAUCAGUGAUAAGUCGUUAACUCCAGACUUCGCACUCGGUUUCAUCCUUCUGAGAUACUCCACUGCAUUCCCGGCGCUAACCAGUUUUCGUAUUCAGGUCGUGAUACUAUUGGAUGUAGUAAGUAUACUUGAAGCUGGCGAGAACGAUAUCAAAGUCCAUGAAAGAAGGGAUCAAAAGCAAUAUAAAAGAGCCAGUCAUUUCCAGUCAAUAUCAAUACUUGGAGUCAUCUCUUCUAUAAACUUAUCAGCAAUGGUUUCCCUCUCCCAAGUCCAACAAUCCAAUGCCUCAGCUGCUUCAAAGCUCCCAGCUGGCCUCAUCGCCGUCUUUGCUGGUGCGACAGCAGGUAUUGGGGAGACAGCUCUCAAAGAAUUUGCCAAAUAUACUACACAACCCAGGAUUUACUACAUUGGCCGUUCUCAAGAAGCGGGUGAUAGACUGCAGAAUGAGUUGAAGGAGUUGAAUCCCGAAGGAGAAUAUGUCUUCAUCAAGAAGGAUAUGAGCUUGCUGAAGAAUGUAGAUGAGGCUUGUCGGGAUAUCAAGAGCAAGGAGACAGUCUUGAAUGUUCUGUUCUUGAGUCAGGGGACUCUAAGAAUUGGUGUUGAUACCGAUGAAGGACUACCUCUGGUCACCGGCCUGACUAUCUACUCUCGCAACCGUCUCGUAGUCAACCUCCUCCCACUGCUAAAGAAAGCCCCAUCUCUUCGUCGUGUAAUAAGCGUCAUGGCUGGUACACACGAGGGCAAGCUCUUCUCUGACGAUAUAGCAGCUCGCAACAUUCCCUUCACCAGCAUCCACAAUUCCCGGGGGCACAUGUGUUCAGCCCUAACUCUCUCCCUGGAAGCUCUGGCUCGUCAAGCACCAGAAGUUUCCUUCAUUCACAACUUCCCUGGCUCUGUCGAUACAAACUUGAUCCGCAGUGGAGAUGGUUUCAUGAUGCAGGCUAUGAAGUAUUGGUUCAAGGUCAGCAUGACUAUUAGGAGACAGUGGUUACCUAAGGAGGAGUGUGGAGAGAGACACGCGUGGUUGUGUUUGACUGGGAGAUAUCCCGAUAAACAGGGUAGUGAGAACGGUAUCAAAGAGGAAGAAGUUGCGGUUGGUACUGAUGGGAAUAAGGGAAGUGGUGUUUAUAGUGUUAAUUGGGAUGGUGAGAGUGCUUCGGGUGAGGUUGUCAAGCUGCUUGAUGGUUUCAAAAAGGAAGGCCUUGUGGAAAAGGUCUGGAAAGAUCAGGAGAAAGAGUUUGUCAGAAUUACUGGUACAACUUCUAUCUAGGUUAUCAAAAGAGCUAGUCAGUUGUGGUUGGUAUCAGGGUCCUAUUGAGUUGACGAGUUCAACAUUCUCUUUACAACCAUGUGAUUUUGACAAUGGAUUUCGGCAGUGCUCAAGAUGACAAUGCAGGAUUCACCAAUGAAUAGCUUCCAAUGACCUCCCAAGAAUUAACCUUACCUGACAAGGAUUACUAUGCCGCCAUCACCAUUUAAGCUUUGACAUCAAUGCACAGGCCCAACACUUCGGCUUCAUCGGGAGUCAAAGUCAUGGACACCAAACAAGACCCCAUUCCAAAUGCCACUCUUUCGGAGUCAUCUAGUCCCCGAGAUCAAUUGUGUUGAAUCUAUACUAUUUGCUGGCUCAGACAACGGAUGAUGCUGAGACUGGGGGGGGCUGUGCUGAUGUGACAGUAGCAUGAUGGUGGUUAUGGUGACAGACACGCGUCGCUCUAGUGGUGGCUGAUGCGCAACUUGAAAUGAUAUGAUAACAGAUUU